GUACGUUUGCGUUAAGCAGUCUUUUCAAUGCUGGUUCAAGUAAAGUACAGAAGUGGUACGCUUAUGUCUUUAGUCUCAUUUCCCUAAAGAGCAAAAUGUCAUCGUUUGAACAGAUGCGGGCAAAUGUGGGCAAACUAUUGAAGGGUAUCGAUAGGUAUAACCCAGAAAAUCUGUCUACUUUGGAGCGCUAUGUUGAAACCCAAGCUAGAGAAAAUGCGUAUGACUUGGAAGCAAACCUAGCUGUACUUAAACUGUAUCAGUUCAACCCUUCAAAAUUCCUGACUCAAGUAACAUCUCAGGUACUUCUGAAGGCUUUAACAAACCUUCCACACACAGACUUCACUCUUUGCAAGUGCAUGAUUGACCAGACUCAUCAAGACAGCCAUCCAAUUCGGCAGAUCCUAGAACUGGGAGAAUUAUUAGAGACUUGUCAUUUCCAGGCAUUUUGGCGUUACUUGGAAGAAAAUCUAGACCUGCUAGAUGGAAUUGUUGGUUUUGAAGACUCCGUUCGUAAAUUUAUUUGCCACGUAGUAGGCAUCACAUACCAGCAUAUUGAUAAAUGGCUGCUUGCAGAGAUGCUCGGAGAUGUUUCAGAUAAUCAUUUAAAAGUUUGGAUGAACAAAUAUGGCUGGACAGAAGCAGAACAUGGCACAAUCUUUAUUUGCAAUCAGGAAGAGAGUAUCAAGCCCAAAAAUAUUGUAGAGAAAAUAGAUUUUGACAGUGUAGCAAGCAUCAUGGCAUCGUCACAGUGACCUGACGCACACAAACAUUUUAUGUUGCUUCUGUUUUUACAUUUACAUCAGUAAAUUUACAGCAGUAAAGCUGAUUUUGUCUAAAUAAAAUACAUUUUUGAUGAGA